GAUCCACUCUCUUGUUGAGACAAUUUGCUGCAAGAAUUUGACAACUUUUUGGAAAAGGGAUUCAUUUAAGAAUUAAAAAAGAAGCAAAAACAACUCCUUUUCAUGGUUUUUCAGAGUACAUUGGAAUAAGAAUAAAGGAGGAGCAAAAGGCUGUAUGGAUCAUAAGAGAAAAAGCAGAUUCUUUUAGAUUACUAUCAAUUUCAGAUUUUCGGACAAGUCCCUCAAUUUUCUAGACAUCUGAACAUCAGGAGGAAAAGGGAAAGAUCUGUAAGAAUGAAGGGCUGCAAGAAACACCAUCUCCUUCAACUCCUAUUCCUUCUCAACAUGUCCUUUCCAAGAUCAUCAGUGUCCGGAGAAACCCCUGUAAGUUACUGUGGAGGCAUUAGAGUAAAAUCACAAUUCUUGCAUCAACAUCCUUCAAAUUCGUCCCUGUUGAGCCACAUGAUCAUCUGCAAAUCUGAUAAGCUCUAUUACAGAACAUCCAUUGGCCUGUUCAAGAUUUCUCACAUUGACUACGACAACAAACUCCUCACAGUUUCUCACAGUUCGUGUUCUUCUGCAUCCAGCUUUGUCUCCCCUCAUAAUCUCUCAGCAGGAUUCGUAGGUUCUUCAUCGCCGAACUCAUUAGUUCUCUUCAACUGCUCGAACCGAAGUUCAAAGUUUUCGACUGUCCCAUGUAAUGUAACUCAGUUAAGCGGCUGCUAUGAUCACAAGCAAGAACUGACAAAAGGGCUGUCUCCUUGUUUGCUCGUUGACGACGUAGGAAAACUCGAGAGAAGUUUUCAUCCCAGACAGCUGAGCUGCACACAUUACAGCCUAGUUUAUAGAAAUAAGGAAAUUCUUGAGUUGGGAACAAGGAUUUCGUUCGAUAUUCCUGAUCAUGUACCUAAUCCUUGCAACGAGUGUGAGAAGCCUGAUGGGAAUUGUGGGGUUGGAUUGAGAUGCGUUUGCCAUCCGCAAAAAUGCAAGGAUAAGGUGAUUUCAGCCGGAGCAGUUUUGAGGCCGUGUCAUAACAUAGUUUUUUGUCUGGUUUUGAUCGUUGUAGUACUGGGCGUGUUCUGUCAAUCUUAAGGUUGGAAACUCGAAAAUUUGUUCAAGUUGGGAGAAUUCUUGAUUUUACAGAGUUCCAGAGGUGUGUUUGCUUGAUUUAGCCUGUCUGUUCUAUGCUGUUAUGUAGUUUCAUGAAGCUCAAUUGUCAAGUGUUGGUAUCUUUCUAUGAGGACUAUGUUGUUUCCAAAGUGACCGAUGACUGAGAAUAUGUCUGAAAGAUCAUAUUAGAUCACAUGAAUCUUCAUCAUGUCCUGGGAGCACUAUAUAACUCUUUUGAUCACACUUCCCUGUUGUGUUUGGAAACUAAUUUGGUUCUUUUUUUUUUUUUUGAAAGGGAAA